CGCCCCCGCCGCCGCCGCCGCCCGGCCGGUCAGUCAGUCAGUCAGUCACGGAGCGCGCGGCGCGGGAGCUGCGGGCGCUCGCGGCGUCUCCCGGGAAGGAGCGCCGCGCCUGACAAGGAGGCGGCGGCAGCGGCUGCCCAGCCCGGGGCCGUUCCGGAGCCGUGCCCGCCGGAGGACCGAGCCGUUGCCGCGAUGGAGCAGCUGUCGGAUGAAGAAAUUGACCAUGGUGCUGAAGAAGACAGUGACAAGGAAGAUCAGGACCUAGACAAAAUGUUUGGGGCCUGGCUGGGGGAGCUAGACAAACUCACUCAGAGUUUGGAUUCUGACAAGCCCACGGAACCAGUAAAAAGAUCUCCUCUUCGCCAGGAGACAAACAUGGCCAAUUUUUCUUAUCGCUUCUCCAUAUACAACUUGAAUGAAGCUCUGAAUCAGGGAGAAACUGUGGAUCUGGAUGCCCUAAUGGCCGAUCUUUGCUCAAUAGAGCAGGAACUCAGCAGUAUCGGUGCUGGAAAUACCAAGCGUCAAGUCGCAGAAACAAAGGCCUCUCAGAAACUACCCGCUAGCCGACAUACAUCAAAACAUGGCACCUUGAAAGGACUGUCUUCUUCAUCCAACAGGAUAACUAAACCAUCUCAUGCCAACUACUCCCUGGAUGACAUCACCGCACAGUUAGAACAGGCCUCCUUGAGCAUGGAUGAGGCUGCCCAGCAGUCUGUACCAGAAGAUACUAAACCCUUAGUAACUAGCCAGCACAGGAGAACAGCGUCGGCGGGCACAGUGAGCGAUGCUGAAGUGCGCUCCAUUAGUAACUCCUCUCGUUCAAGCAUCACUUCUGCAACCUCCAGCAUGGACUCUUUGGAUAUUGAUAAAGUAGCACGCCCUCAAGAACUGGAUUUGACACAUCAGGGGCAGCCAAUUACUGAGCAUGCUAUUUCUCUGAGAUGUCCCAGCAAGCAGGCCAAGCGUCAUAUUGACUUCACAGAAGAACAGGCUGAACUGACACCUCACUCCUAUCUGGACAGGGAAACCUCCCUUCUUCUGAGAAGCAUUGCAGGAAAGCCUUCUCAUUUGCUGACCAAGGAAGAACAGGCAGCAAAAUUGAAAGCUGAGAAGAUCAGAGUUGCCCUAGAGAAAAUUAAAGAGGCACAAGUGAAAAAGCUGGUGAUUAGAGUCCACAUGUCUGAUGAUAGUUCUAAAACAAUGAUGGUGGAUGAGAGGCAGACAGUGAGACAAGUGCUGGAUAACCUGAUGGACAAAUCCCACUGCGGUUAUAGUUUAGACUGGUCUCUGGUGGAAACCAUCUCUGAGUUACAGAUGGAGAGAAUCUUUGAAGAUCAUGAAAACUUGGUUGAAAAUCUUCUUAAUUGGACAAGAGAUAGCCAAAACAAGCUUAUAUUUAUGGAGCGUAUAGAAAAAUACGCACUUUUCAAAAAUCCACAGAAUUACCUUCUGGGGAAAAAGGAAACAGCUGAGAUGGCAGAUAGAAACAAAGAAGUGCUGUUGGAGGAGUGUUUUUGUGGAAGUUCUGUAACUGUACCAGAAAUUGAGGGAGUCCUUUGGUUGAAAGAUGAUGGCAAGAAGUCCUGGAAAAAGCGUUAUUUCCUCUUGCGAGCAUCUGGUAUCUACUAUGUCCCUAAAGGAAAAGCAAAGGCCUCUCGGGACCUGGUGUGCUUUCUCCAGCUGGACCACGUGAAUGUCUACUAUGGACAGGACUAUCGGAGCAAGUACAAAGCUCCUACGGACUACUGUCUGGUGCUCAAGCACCCGCAGAUCCAGAAGAAAUCUCAGUACAUCAAAUACCUUUGCUGUGAUGACAUGAGGACCCUGCACCAGUGGGUCAAUGGUAUCCGCAUCGCAAAGUAUGGGAAGCAGCUCUACAUGAACUACCAGGAAGCUUUGAAGAGGACAGAAUCGGCUUAUGAUUGGACUUCCUUAUCCAGCUCCAGCAUUAAAUCAGGAUCCAGUUCUUCCAGCAUCCCAGAGUCUCAGUCCAAUCACUCCAGUCAGUCUGACAGUGGACUGUCUGACACCCAGCCGGCAGGACACGUCCGUUCCCAGAGCAUGGUGAGCUCCAUCUUCUCUGAGGCCUGGAAGCGAGGCACACAGCUGGAAGAGUCCAGCAAGGCCAGAAUGGAGUCUGUGAAUCGGCCCUACACCUCACUCAUGCCCCCUUUAUCCCCACAGCCCAAGCUAGUCACCCCCUACACGGCCUCACAGCCUUCACCACCCCUCCCGCCCCCGCCCCCUCCGCCCCCGCCUCCCCCGCCCCCGCCGCCUCCGCCUCCCCCUCCCCUGCCCAGCCAGUCCGCCCCGUCUGCGGGCUCCGCAGCCACGAUGUUUGUCAAGUACAGCACGAUCACCAGGCUGCAGAACGCGUCUCAGCAUUCGGGAGCCCUCUUUAAGCCUCCCCCUGCAUCAGGGAUGCAGCCCUCCACCUCACUGUCAGUGAAGCCUCAGAUCCUGGUACCCCCCAAUGGAGUGGUGCCUCCCCCGCCGCCCCCGCCCCCACCCCCCACCCCCGGCUCGGCUAUGGCCCAGCUGAAGCCCGCCCCCUGCACCCCGUCCCUGCCCCAGUUCAGCCCCCCACCUCCUCCACUGAAGAUCCAUCACAUCCAACACGGCACGCAGACAGCUCCUCCAGCGCCCCCACCUCCUCCUCCCGUCCCUGCCCCCCUGCCUCCCCAGGCCCCCCCCAAGCCCCUUGUGACCUUGCCACCCACACCUACUCCGCCAGUCCCCCCAGUAAAAAAGCAGCCGGUUCUUCCUGUGUCUCACGUUCCACCCUCUCCCCCUGUUCCUCCGGGUCCAGUGCCCCCGCCCACGCUACCCAAGCAGCAGAGCUUCAGUGUAAAACCACCCCCCUCCCCGCUGUCCCCGGCGCCCUCCGUGGUGAAGCAGAUAGCCAGCCAGUUCCCCCCACCUCCAGCCCCACCUCCCGCCGAGGGGCCGCCCUUAAAGCCCGCCUCGGUCAACCUCGCCCCACAGUCCCCCCCUGCCGUGAAAGCGAAGCCCAAGUGGCAGCCCAGCUCCGUCCCUGUCCCUUCUCCGGACUUCCCCCCGCCUCCCCCAGAGAGCAGCCUGGUGUUCCCUCCGCCUCCACCGCCGCCCGCCCCGGCCCCGCAGCCUCCGCCGCCGCCACCGCCGCCAGCCACACCCACAGCGGCUCCUGCCCCCGACAAAAGCAGCUCUCCGGGCAAAAAGACCAGUAAAACCUGCAGCCCCGGGGGAAAGAAACCGCCCCCGACGCCGCAGCGCAACUCCAGCAUUAAGUCCAGCAGCUGUGCGGAGCACCCUGAGCCCAAGAAACCCUCAGUAGACAGUCUAAUCAGCAAGUUCGCAUCCCCAGCCGAACCCUCGGGGUCUCCCGGCAAGGAGACCCCACCACCUCCAGCAGCGCCCCCCAAGCCAGGAAAACUCCAUCUUUCCGGAGUUAACCUUCCCGGGGUGCUCCAGCAAGGAUGCGUGUCCGCGAAGGCGGCUGCGCUGAGCGGGCGCGGCAAGGACUCGGCGGUGGAGUUCCCUUCUCCUCCGUCCGAUUCCGACUUCCCACCGCCUCCGCCAGAAACCGAGCUUCCUCUGCCCCCCAUCGACAUCCCAGCAGUGUUCUCAGGAAGCACCUCUCCAAAAGUGGCCGUUGUUAACCCGCAGCCGCAGCCCUGGGCCAAAACGUCGGUGAAGAAGGCCCCUCCGCCCACGCGACCCAAACGGAACGAUAGCACCCGCCUCACUCAAGCCGAGAUCUCGGAGCAGCCAGCCACGGCCGCAGUCGCGCCGCAAGUGCCCACCUCGCCCAAGUCCAGCCUUAGUGUCCAGCCGGGCUUCCUGGCUGACCUCAACAGGACACUGCAGCGCAAGUCCAUCACGCGGCAUGGCUCGCUGUCCUCCUCCCGCGUGUCCAGAGCGGAGCCCACGGCCACCAUGGACGACAUGGCAUUGCCCCCGCCACCCCCCGAACUGCUUUCUGAGCAGCAGAAAGCCGCUUACGGAGGCAGUCAUAUAUCAGGCUAUGCAACGUUGCGGAGAGGCCCGCCUCCCGCUCCCCCCAAGAGAGACCAGAACACCAAGCUCUCAAGAGAUUGGUAGCUACCGUAGGAUUUUAUUUUCAUGCAACCUGUAAUCAGUUCUACAAUCAGCUCACCUGAUCAUCUGAAUUCAGGUGUUCAGAGCCUCCUGGUAUGUCGUCGUUAUUCGGGUAGUGUUCAGCUCUGUGUGUGUGUAUACAUGUGCGGGUACACACAUAGCUAUACAUAUAUAGAUAGGUAGCGUGUGUAUGUAUGUAUAUGUAUACAUAUAUCUAUAUGUAUAUAUAUAGCUGAAAGUGAUUCUAUUUAUUCUUUUUCUCUCCUAAUCUGAAAAUGAGUUUUGUGUAUUUGGGGUGGCAGCGGCAUGGAAGGGGAUAUAUGUCUUGUCCCUUAUGAUUUCUGUUAUCUAUCAUUUGGAUUGGACCAAAAACUUCAGACUUAUUUAGAAGGUAUUUUAUAAAUGUCCAUGUGCGGCCUUUCUGUGCAUGUUGUGUAUUAUAUAUUAAGGAUAGAUGUAUAAUGUGCUAUUUCUCAGUUUGAGGAGACAACCAGAAUGUUUGGUGUAUCUACGGGCUUUUGUGUUUUCACCCCCAGUUGGCUGAAGUUAGAACUGCUCGACACUUCUUUUCUCUACAUAAAGGGGCACUUUAAUUAGGAAUCAGUUUCAUAGAACGGGUCAUAGUGCAGUGUGGGGAAAUUUUCAGACACUAUCAGUGUGUGGUUGUGCAUAGAAAACAGUAAAUAUGUGGUGUAACUAAACCAUUCUAGUUGCAGCACUGCUGCCAUGACCCCAGCGGAAUCUAGACUGCUCUAUCACAGGUAGGCUCUUUGCCUGUAACAGUGCUGUUAUCCUGUAGUUCUUUCUGUACUGUUGGGAUCCUUUCCACGAGCUUGUGAAGCUCCAUCAAGUUUGGUUUCAUGAUCCUUGCUUUGAUUUAUUGUAAGAGACUAUCCAACAUGAUACCCUCGGAAUGCUCUGUCCCGGCGUGUCUUUGGGUCACCAGUUACCUCCUUAUAGUGUGUGCUGUGAGUGGGUGUUGAUAUUAGGUAUCCAUAGACAACUGCUAUAUCAGAUACUCACAUCCUUUGUCCAUUAUGUUGCAUCAUUACGAAAAACAAAAUCACCUUCUGAAAUGCGUCUUUUUUGUGUGUUGCUGUCUGAAGGGAUGGAUUAGAAGAGAGAACACUGGCCCCUGUGCAGCUGUCAUUAAUUAGGUUUCGCAGCUAGUAAUGUGGCAUACAAGCAUUCAUUUAAGUGUGGGACUAUCAUAGAGGGAGGGGGGAAGUGAGUGUUUCGACGAUUUCAUCCGUAGUGACCGGAGCACAAUAGGGUCCUUGCUUGUUGUAGCCCUGUUGUAGAGACUUAUCCAAGUUACCAUUCCAUAUGCUCACACUGUACUUCCAGAUGUUUUAUUUUCCCCUCUGAAUUUUCCUUGGUAUUUGAGAAAUGUGUACUGACUUAGCAAUUUGUGAUGAUAAAUUGACCGUUAGGCCAACCUUAGAACUGCUCUUAAAUGGGAGAAUAAAAAGUACCUCCCCAGCAGUGAUAAGUCAGCACACCUUGUAAUGAACAUCUUUGCCUGUUGUGAAUAGGGAUCACCAGUGCAACUGCAGAAGUGUUCGACCCUAUCCGUAAGGAAAAAGUGAUGUCCAUAAAGUGGGACAGAGAUGGUAAAUAAUUCAAGAGUUAGCAAGAUUGUGCUGUGUACACAGGAUUUCUCACUCUGCAACAAAGUACUGCAUCGGAGAAAGUGGAAACCUCCCCCCCCCCCCAUUGUAACAUCUCCAGGAUGUGAUAGUAUACUCCUGUUUAUAGAGCAAUAAGAAUAUAUACCAGUGUGCAUUUGUUACAGCCCUGCUUCUUUAAAAGAUACUUUUUUAGAUCUGUUUCAGUUCACAAAGUUUUAUGUGCUUGAUAUUCUUAUGGUUAUGAAGUGACCUUUACCACAUCUAUAUUGUUCAUUUAAGCAUGCACUGCAAUUUGAGUCCAUUUGAGUAACACUGCCAAGCGCCACUGUGACUCACGAAUGAAGUGAUUCCCCAGUCUUCUGCCUGCAGCUUUAUCUUCUAAGGAUCCCCCUUAUUUGUGAGAUAGAGGACUUUGAAGGAUAGAAGGACUCUGAAUCCAAUGGUAUAAACGUUCAUCACUAGGGUUUUUUAUUGUGGUGGUGGUCUCUUAUAUGAGGAUGGACCGCUCCCCCUGAGGGAAGAAAUCAUGUCUCCUCAGUCUUCCUUCACUCCUGAUUGGAGCCGUAAGAUCCAACCUUUUUUUUUUUUUCAGCGGGGGAUUUCCUGGGCCUUAUUGCUUGUGUCAGUCCUGACGGUAGCCAUCCUGAACCGAUGCUUCUUCUAGUGUGUCAUUUUCCUGAGAGAGCAGACAUCCUUUAGAACACCAGGAGAACACAGCCAGAGGAGAGGAGCUGUCAGUGGCUUGGUGACUAUCUGACAACAGGCUGUAGCCCUUUACAUUUCUCCAAAGACAAGGCUAUUAAUCAACUUUUUUCCCUCUUUAUGUGAAACAACUGAAUCAAAAAAACAAAAAUGAUAUUUUAGAUAUACUUCUCAUGUUUUACUCCCUCUAGGGUUUUUUUUUAAUUGGGAUUUUUGGUGGGAUGUGGUUUGGAGACUGCUAUUGUUCUGGCUGUCUUCUUCCCCGGUGUGUUCAGGAAAAACACUGCCAGAUGACACAGUACUGUGCCUUCUUCCACCGCCUUCUGCUCAGCUCCUCUAACCCAGCAAAGCUUCUCCAGGGCAAGGGAGACAAUCUUGUCAGCUGGCUUGGCUGUACUGAAAAAUCAGUAGUAUCCUGCUGUUGAGGGCAGUGCAGACAGGUGCCUGUUAAGAGCUAGUGACUUACUAAUUAGUGACAUCCUUAACUUGUACCACAAAAUUUCAAAAUUUGAUCCAACCUAUGCUUAAAGUUUUGGCAACCACUCUGAAGGGCAGCAAAGCCUGUUCUGUUAAAACAUUAAGUUCAUAGUUAUGUUAAGAUUAUUCUAUAUUGAAGCUUGGCUUUUAUUACCCAAAUACUUUUUUUUUCCCCUUAGCUGCUGUAGAAUUCUGCUCUUGGAAAAAGUAACUACUCUUAAGGUUUACAGCUACCCACUUCACUGUAAAUUGGGUGUUUUUUUUAUUUCUGGGGCUUUUUAAGAUAAGAUUGCUGACUCUUCAGAAGUGACAGGAAACAGUUUUCAUCAGAACAUCUCAGAGGAACGUCCCACAGACUGUCCCACAGUCCUCGGACAUCAAGGUGCUCCUGCCCCCUGCCGGCAUAGCCUGCUAGGGAAGGGCUGCGAACUAUCUAGGCAGUCCCAUCUCCAUGUAAGUUUACUUGCCACUAAAAGCAGUCCUGAGGAGAUCAAAAAGGUAAACAGAACUGGGGGGGAUCAUGAAGAGUAAUUCCAAUAGAUUAACAACUCUGAGGUCAAGGUUAAUAGGAGCUGUGCAUCCAAUUAAGAGUUUCAGAAGCUGCUAUUCUGGGAGAAUACAACUGCUAAUAAGCUCAUGUCAAGGAUGUUAGGCUAUAAGGAGCCUGAAAAAAACUUUAGGUAAUGGACUGAUUUGACUAUCGGGCCACCAACAGAACCCCUUGUCACUCUUUUUCCCACAGCUAAACGCAAUUUUAUGUUAUAGACACAAGGUGAUUUUAAACAAGAAAACCUUUUCCUAGUUUUCUAUAUUACCAAACUGUUUCAUGUAGGUUUAUGUAGUUAACUUCAGAACUAACAGUUUAUAACUUAUGUAAUCUCAUAACCUCAUGGAUUUUGUUUAAACCAAUUAAAACUGUAUGAUCCUGUGAUUAUAGGUGUAAUGACUUCCUUUAAAUAAUUUGGAUUUGUACACUUGUAAGAGGAUGUUUAUUUCUAAAAAUCACUUUAGGUUGCAAGAACCUUUUGGCACUUGAAGUUUUGUUUUAUACACUUCACAUUAUUUACAUACAGCAAGUUAUUCCUGACCCUAUAGGAAUGGUUGCUCACUCACAAAAUUGAGAUUUGAUCCAUGGAGAGAUGCAAGAAGUACAGAAUUAAGAUUUAUUUUCCUUUAAAAAUUGAAUGGAA